AUGGAGUGGACCUCAGCGUCUCGAAUUACGUGCCAGACAGGGAUUGAAGAUCCGUCGUUCAGUUCCGGAAGAACAUACAGAAAACGUCACGAAAGAGAAGAGGGUAAUGACGACAGAGACGGGGUUCUUUCGGGGGAAUUCAUUGGGUUGACAUCACUGCUGACGUUUGCCAUCUUGUCACUAGCAUGGUUCGUUGGAUUCGCAUCGAGAUUGUUCGCCAUUGUCCGAUUCGAGUCGAUCAUUCAUGAGUUCGAUCCCUGGUUCAAUUAUCGCGCAACGGCCCACAUGGUUCAACAUGGCUAUUAUAAUUUCCUCAAUUGGUUUGAUGAGCGAGCAUGGUAUCCACUUGGAAGAAUCGUUGGUGGAACGGUGUACCCAGGUCUGAUGGUCACAUCAGGUCUGAUCCACUGGAUUCUCGAUACACUGAAUUUCCAUGUCCAUAUCAGGGAGAUUUGUGUGUUUUUGGCACCAACCUUCUCAGGUUUGACAGCCAUCGCUACGUAUUUCCUGACCAAAGAGUUGUGGUCACCUGGAGCUGGGCUAUUCGCGGCUUGCUUUAUUGCCAUAUCUCCUGGAUAUACUAGUCGUUCCGUAGCUGGUUCCUACGAUAAUGAAGGAAUUGCCAUUUUCGCCCUUCAGUUCACCUACUUUUUAUGGGUGAAAUCUCUGAAGACUGGUUCGGUAAUGUGGGCUUCCUUCUGUGCCCUAUCCUAUUUCUAUAUGGUAUCAGCGUGGGGAGGCUACGUCUUUAUUAUCAAUCUUAUUCCACUGCAUGUUGUUGCACUGAUUCUCAUUGGUCGUUAUUCGUCACGCCUUUUCGUUGCCUACACCACUUUCUACUGUCUUGCCACGGUGUUAUCAAUGCAGAUCCCUUUUGUCGGCUUUCAACCAAUUGUUGCUGCAAUGCAGUACGCCCGUCAACGUGUAUCUCGUCAGCAGUUUAUGACCCUGUUCGUUGGUGGAUUGACUGCAGUUGGUUGCCUAGCAUUCGUCGUCUACUUCGCUUUGGUCUGGGGAGGAUACGUUGCUCCAUUCUCUGGUCGUUUCUAUUCUCUGUGGGAUACUGGCUAUGCAAAGAUUCAUAUCCCAAUCAUUGCGUCAGUCUCGGAACAUCAACCCACAACCUGGGUAUCAUUUUUCUUUGAUCUACAUAUCACAGCGGCUGUAUUCCCAGUCGGAGUGUGGUACUGUGUGAAGAAUGUUAAUGAUGAGCGUGUCUUCAUUAUCCUUUACGCGGUGUCUGCCGUGUAUUUUGCCGGUGUGAUGGUUCGUCUCAUGUUAACCCUCACUCCAGCUGUGUGUGUAUUGUCAGGGAUCGCCUUCUCGUACACAUUCGAAAAAUAUCUACGUGAUGAUGAAAAGUCGUCGGCGAAAUCCGAUUCGGAUCGUCAGAUGUACGACAAAGUCACCAAGAAAGGAAAGGUACAGCAGGAUGUGCAUGUUGUGGGUGUAAGUGCCGUCGUGUGCAUCGUCAUUGUUCGGCAUGGUGUUACUUUUAUGUUUCUUGUUACUUUUAUGUUUCUAAGUACCUCUUCUUCAUCUGAUUCGUCUGAUGAUUCCGUUGGAGUGAACACGAGAUCUCUGGUUAGCGUUGUGCUGGUACUCUUCCUUCUGAUGUUUGUCGUUCAUGCGACAUAUGUAACAAGUAACGCCUACUCACAUCCUUCUGUCGUACUUCAGAGCUCUACUAGUCAAGGUGAUCGUAUUAUUAUGGACGAUUUCCGCGAGGCAUACCAUUGGUUGAGUGAAAACACUGCUGAUGAUGCCAGAAUUAUGUCGUGGUGGGAUUAUGGAUAUCAGAUUGCUGGAAUGGCCAAUCGAACUACGCUGGUUGACAACAAUACCUGGAAUAAUUCGCAUAUUGCUUUGGUUCUUAGAAAAGCGAUGUCAUCAAGUGAGCCAGUGGCGUAUGAAAUUAUGCGAGAACUGGAUGUUGAUUAUGUCCUAGUGAUUUUCGGCGGAGUAAUAGGUUAUUCCGGAGACGAUAUUAAUAAGUUCUUGUGGAUGGUUCGAAUUGCUGAAGGAGAACAUCCGAAGGAGAUUAAGGAAUCCAACUAUUUCACGGAAUCGGGUGAGUACAGCGUAGGAGCCCAGGCAUCGGAGACAAUGCUGAAUUGUUUGAUGUACAAAAUGUCAUACUAUCGCUUCGCUGAUGUACGUAUGGGAUACAACCAGGACGGAUUCGAUCGAACCCGUGGAUAUGUGAUUGGGAAGAAGGAUAUCACAUUGGAGUACAUUGAAGAAGCGUUCACAUCAGAAAACUGGCUAGUACGUAUCUACAAAGUGAAAGAUCCGGAAAAUCGACCUGUUAUCAAGAAGAGUGAGAGACAAAUCAUCGUGGAUACUAAAAAGGUUACCAAGGUAGGAAAAGCGAUGUCAUCAAGUGAGCCAGUGGCGUAUGAAAUUAUGCGAGAACUGGAUGUUGAUUAUGUCCUAGUGAUUUUCGGCGGAGUAAUAGGUUAUUCCGGAGACGAUAUUAAUAAGUUCUUGUGGAUGGUUCGAAUUGCUGAAGGAGAACAUCCGAAGGAGAUUAAGGAAUCCAACUAUUUCACGGAAUCGGGUGAGUACAGCGUAGGAGCCCAGGCAUCGGAGACAAUGCUGAAUUGUUUGAUGUACAAAAUGUCAUACUAUCGCUUCGCUGAUGUACGUAUGGGAUACAACCAGGACGGAUUCGAUCGAACCCGUGGAUAUGUGAUUGGGAAGAAGGAUAUCACAUUGGAGUACAUUGAAGAAGCGUUCACAUCAGAAAACUGGCUAGUACGUAUCUACAAAGUGAAAGAUCCGGAAAAUCGACCUGUUAUCAAGAAGAGUGAGAGACAAAUCAUCGUGGAUACUAAAAAGGUUACCAAGGGCAAGAAUAAGCGUGGAGUGUUCCGCAACAAACCGGAGGUGAAGAAGGGUGUGAAGAUGGAAAUGUAG